GAGUACACAAGUGACAGGAACAAUUGGUUUCUCACUGUAACGGCAUAGCCAAGAAACCCGUUGUUCCAUUACAAACGUAACUCAUGUCAUAUUUCGGAUUAAAAGCGAGGAUAAUGCCCUGUAAGGUUCAAUUUGAGUUGGUUCUUCCAGUAUUCAACCACCGUCUCAUAGUAGCUCUAACAAUUUUGAGCUAGCUGAAGAUGUUAGCUCUGGCUACGCUGUCAUUCUUUUGUGUUAGCAUUCUCCUCAACUCCCCAGCAGCUUCGAAGCCACUCCAGGCACCUAGGUCUAUACCCUUGCAUCCGCCUAGGCCUGCGUUCGACGGCCAAUACGUGUACCCAACAGUACUGAAUUCCGAAACAGAAUGGUGGUGGUCCCAUGCUGUAGCUGAUGACGCUAUUGGAGCCAACCCACCUGCCUCCAUUCAAGUGAUAUUCUUCAUGGGCUACCUGUUCGGACCCCCGAUACCUGUGAUUUCCCCUCAAUUCUAUAUUUCUGUAACUGGGAACUACGCGGAUGGGAGGACCUUCUCAUAUACCCUACCGGCCCUCAACGGUGUGGUGACUUCGAUAGGUCAAGAGGUCGAUGGACUUUGGCUUGGUGCUGGAAAGUUCAAAACAUCUGCGGACCUUUCCACCUAUACCAUCACCUUCGACGGAUUGCUUUCGCCGAUUAAAGGUACCAUCAAGCUCACCAGUAACGCCCCUCAUCACUUCGGAUGCAAUUCCACAACCUCUCCUUAUUUCGAUUCCGACAUCCCUUCGGGACGACUCACAGAAUCAGAAACUAAGCUGUAUAGUCAGAUUGGUUGGCCCGCAACCAUACCAGGUGGAAAGGCUGUUGUUGAUUUGAAGAUCGCGGGCAAAUCGUUCCAAUUUGAAGGCACAGGGUACCAUGACCAGAACUGGAUGCCCGAGCCCAUCCAAAAUUUCAUCUCGACAUGGUAUUUUGGUGCCGCUACAGUUGGACCAUAUACCUUUUCCUACCUCGCAGUGCGUACGAUAGACUCCGACCGCACAUUGACCACCGGAUUUCUCGCUCGCGACGGUAUAGUCCUCCAGAAUCAAUGCGGCACUGAUAAGCAAGGAAAUGAUCGAAGCUCACUUACGCCAUUUGGAGUAAUUCAUAAUCCUGUAUCUGGGGUCGAUGUUCCACAGGGCUACAACAUCGACUACAUCUUGACAAACGGAGAGCAAUAUAGCUUCCAGUUGACAGAGAUAGCGGAGGUGGUUGAUAUGAAUGUAUAUCAUCAGAGUGUAGGAUCCGUAAAGGGAGGUAAAGUGGGAGAAGAACCUUCAGAGGGACAUACGGUAUUCGAGUGGUUGAAUCCAGGCCUUGUAACUUACACGCCUUCGUCAUAAUCGAAGUAGUUCGAUGCCGGUAAUCAAAGACGUAUAUCUUUGGAUUGUUACAACAACUGAAAGCAAAGCAUCCAC